GGGUCAAAGUUCAAAGUAAUGACGUCGCACCGACGAAUCAAAUAUGGAGUCUAUCUUUCAUGAGAAACAAGAGGGCUCCCUGUGUGCCCAGCACUGUCUGAAUAACCUGCUUCAGGGCGAGUACUUCUCUCCUGUGGAGCUGUCCUCUAUUGCACAACAGUUGGACGAAGAGGAGAGGAUGAGGAUGGCGGAGGGAGGUGUAACUAGCGAGGAGUAUAGAACCUUCCUACAGCAACCCUCUGGAAACAUGGAUGACAGUGGGUUUUUCUCCAUUCAAGUCAUCAGUAACGCUUUAAGGGUGUGGGGCUUGGAGCUGGUCCUCUUCAACAGCCCAGAGUAUCAGAGAUUGAUGAUUGACCCAAUACACGAGAAGGCGUUUAUAUGCAACUACAAGGAGCACUGGUUUACAGUGCGGAAACUAGGACAACAGUGGUUUAAUCUGAACUCCUUGUUGACGGGUCCAGAGCUGAUUUCAGACACAUAUCUGGCUCUUUUUCUAGCACAGUUACAGCAAGAAGGGUACUCCAUAUUCGUGAUCCGAGGGAACCUGCCGGACUGCGAGGCGGAGCAGAUCCUGCGGAUCAUGAGGGUGGAGCAGCGGCAGCGGCCGAAGCUGAUCGGGGAGGACGCGGCCCAGUCCAGCAGCGGACAGGCACCGGGGGACAGGGGUAUGUCAGUGCAGCGGAUGUUAGAGGUGGGGCAGGGCCUGGAGGAGGGCAUGGUUGAGGAGGACGAGGAGGAGCUGAGGAAGGCCCUUGCUCUGAGCCGACAGGACAUGGAGGUGGAGGAUGAAGAGGCCGACCUGCGCAGGGCCAUCCAGCUGAGCAUGCUCGGGGCAGCGGGCAGCAGUAAGCCCCCAGAGCCUGAUGCCAGAGAGGAGGGUGUCACCCAAACAGUGGGGUCCACCCAGACACCAGCAGGCACACAGAAUGAGAAGCUCACUGCUGAGGAGCUCCGAAAGAGAAGGCAGGCCUACUUUGACAGGCAGUCCCAACAGCAAGCACCAGCCACUACACCGCAACAACAGGAUAGCAAAAACACUGGAGCGCUGGCAGGUGGCACAGGAGAGGGCAGCAGCAAGCAGGACUCAGAGACCAAGCGCAGCCAGUGAGGAGCAGGCCAGGCCAGCAGAAGCCCAAGAUCGACUACUCUCUGACAAGCCCGUCCCCACGCUGACCUGCCACUCCGUCAGGGCCAGCCUCUCCCCCUCCCCCCCCCCACUCUGCGUGCGAAUGGACAGACAGCUGACCGGGGCCCAGCGUCGCUUUCAGGCUGUAUCCAAGAGAAAAAAAAAACAUUAAAAAUAAAUAACAGUAAUAUAAUAUGAUAAAUUUGAAACUCUGGUGUGGGGGAGGAAGGAUAGGAUUCUGUUAGUUGUUCCAAGUCUGCGGUGGCCUUCUACCACAGCGCCUUCAAUUUCUAUUUAUUUGUAUUUAUUUAAUUGUCAUUCUCUCAGGGGGUGGGGGGACUCGCAUGGAACGGCAGACAGGCGCGUGUAAGGGGGGUAGAUGGCACAGGGGUGAGGAUGGUGUUCAGAGAGAGAGGGGUGUAGUGAGGCUCCCAAGGCAUGCCACCAGCCCCUGCAUCACGGGACCACUAAGGGGGUCGGGGUGACGUUUUAAGCAUAAACCCCUUGCCUUCCUUUGCCCCAUCAUCUGUGAGGUAACCACCCCCAACGGGGCUGACUUACGAGUUACGAAAUUCGUCAAGGGUGAACUUGGUUUCCAGAAGUCUGGGAAUACAGGUUUGGCAUUAAAACAACAGCCCCUCAACACAGAGUCAGGUCUAAUUUGAAGUAGCCUUUAUUAUGAGAGAGAGAGUGUCUUUACAUUGAAAGCAUUAAAGCUCGCUACCAUCCUGCUUUUGAAUUGUACACAGUUCAUUUACUGCCCUGAAAACUUACAUUAUGUGCUGUAUUAACCCCUCUAAAAGAGUGGAAGAACACCACGUUUUAGCAUCUGUAUUUAAGUACAAUAAUGAAACAGUGUGUUUACAAAUAUUGUGUGUUUACAUUCAAUUUGCAAGUAAACAAUUGUUGCAAGAGGUGCCAACUUAAAACGUAUCCCUUGUUUAAAUGGUACAUACAGAAAUAUGGCCAUAGUUUAAAAUGUCCCAGCAGAACUUGAGAUGUGCACAUAUGGUGGGAGCUUUUAGUUGAGGGUCCAAGUUAAUUCCGUUCUUUCUUCCUUUCUGUUUUUCAGUUAAAAUGGAUCCCAUGGGGCUUUCAUUACAGGGACCAUAUUUGAGUCAGCACACACAAGGGCUUAAGGGUUUUACUUUGUCAGAUUUCUUAACAUUGUGUGAGAUAUUCAAUGAUAUGUUUUUUUUUUAUGUCGUAUUCUACAUCACCAUGUGACUAAAUGCUACAUCUCUGCAGCUGAAACUUUUCUUUCAAUGAAUAAAAUAACCGUUU